CAAGCUCCUCACCCCUCUUGCUUCCCGUUAGCCCUUUUAGCUUCUCUUUUUCCUCCUUAGCAUUUUUCAUCACAAUGGCAUCCUUGACAACUGAGUGCUUGGAGAGAGCCAGUGAGGAGGGGAUGGAUGCGGCGCCGGAGAUCGGCAGCACCCUUCUCAUGGAAUUACUAGACGAGUCUCUCCUCGAGGAGGCCGAGGACGAUCGGCUCGGUUGCGUGAUGCGGUCUCUCGAAGCGGAGAUCAACCCCGCCGGCCCGACGUCGACGGCGGUCGGUGGCAGUGGCAUCAUGGGAGUAGAGUCUAUCCAUGCUCAUGAGGACUGUGAGGACUGUGGGUUGGAUGACAUCCUCUCGGAUCUUGAUAGCCAUGACUGCUCGGCGUCCUCGGCGUACCUUAUCGAUGAUCCUUUUGAUUUGGUGGAGAUGGAGGUGGUGGGAGGGUCUCCUUCGGGUGGUUGGUACGUGGAUGAGUGCAUGGAUGCUGGUGGGAUGGUUGGGUACGGAGAUGUGAGAGAGAACUCUUUCUACUACUAUGGGGAGUCUUACAUGGAGCAAGUGUACAGUCCCCUGUGGGGGUGAACAAUUAUGUGUGCUCCUUUUGUAUUGCCUUGUGCUAACUAGGUGGAUUUUCUUUGGAUCAGAGAGCCAGUGGAUGUUUGUGAGACCGAGUUUAAAAAAAAAAAA